AUGUCUUCUCCCAUCCCGCAGGCUCUUUGGAGCGCCCAGAUCCCGCUGCACAUCACUCAUCCUGCCUCACCGACAACGCCUUUCAUCACUAGUAUUCCACGCUUCAGCUACCUAGCUCUUCUUAUACCCAGACUAUCCACUUUUUUCAACUCUCCUUGCUCGAGCUUUCACUUUGAGGAUGUUCAACUGAGAAACUUGGCAGUGGGUUUGCUGGUUGAUCUGUAUCAACCUGCUCUUCCAUGGAAAUUGACUGUGAAUGAUGGAGUGGGCUGGGACAUCGCGGAUACGUUUCUCAACUGUGUAAAAGAAGCGGACUUCAUUCGAAAUGGCAACGCAAACCAAAUCAUGAAGAUGUCGAAAGAAAACACCACUCAACUAUGGAACUCAGUCAUAGACAAUGAUCACCCCUCUUUCAACCGCAUCAACAGUCAUCUUCUCAACGCACCCACAGCACUCAAGCACGUCCCUAUCCGCAUUUAUGUACCCACCAGCGGACCAGACUCAUCAGCAACACAUCCAGAGCACGCUACGUUCAAAGUCAUUCAAUCUCUCAUGGCCACGACAAGCCCAGACCGUCGCCCCAAACUUCUAGGACAAGCGCUAAAGGAGGUACUGCCGGGUUUGUUCCCAAGCAGUCGUGAUCCCAUCCUUGCAAAAGUGGUGAUGCACGGCGCUGGCGUGCCAUUUGAUGCGCCUCUGGAGGAUCUGAUGCGUGAAGCUGCGUACCCUGAUGGCUGGUUGUGCCUAGUCGUUAUUGUGUUGUGA